AAGUUGACUACGAUAAAGUAGUAAAAGAGAUAGAAGAUAUGGAUAUGCCAAACGCAAUAAUAACAAAACUUAUAAAUAAUUCUGAUGAUGCGAAAUUAGCAGUAAUAAGAUCAGCCACUGCAUUCAUUAGUCAUAUCACCUCUGCCGCUAAUCAAGUGGCAAAAAGUAAAAACCGUAAAAACAUACAACCAGCCGAUCUAUUCAAAGCUUUAGAGAAAGGCGAAUUUGAAGAGUUUUUACCGAGAUUAAAAGAAGAGUUAAGUUUAUUUCAAAUUGUACAAAGAAACAAGAAAUUUGAUAAAGUAAUACAGUCAGUUGAAGAAGAAGAAUUAUCAGGACCAACGGUCAUCAACACUCCAUCGGAAAGGGUUAUUGUUGAAAUAUUACCGCAUAAUGUUAUUACGAAUGAUUUAUCAAAUAGUGAUAAUAAUGAAACUACUGAGACUGACAUUGAUAGUGGGAAUGGAUCUAAAGGAAGACGAAGACAUUCUAAACUUCCAAAAAGUAUGGUAGAAGUGGUUUCUGUUAAUAUAGAAAAUAUUAGUAAUAGUAUUACACCAACUAUAAAUGGAAAAAUGAAGCAAGAAAGUAAUGAAACUGCACAGGUGGAGAAUAAUAUAGAAAAGAAUGAUUUGCUGGAUGAUGGUAGUGAUUUGACAAGUAAUAUCGGUUCAAGUAAUGAUGAAGGGACGAGUGGAGCUGAGUAA